UGGCGGCGCCACGCGCGGGUGAGGGGGCGGCGGGAGGCGGCGCCAUCUUGGGAGCGGCGCUCGGCCGCGUUGCCGCUCCGGCCGCCGGGAGCCGCUGCCUUCAGGUUCGUGUCCUCCCCCGCGUGUGGCCGCCGAGGGAAGCCGCUUCUCCUCCGCCGCCACCGCUGCUGCCACCGACCUGUGCCACCGCCGGGCGGGGAAGCGGCGGCGUGGGCAUGGCCGUGUCAGCGCGCAGGAGCCGGCGGCUGCUGAGGUGCUAAAGUCAAGCGCGGACAGUAAAAUCGCCUUGGUUUAGCCAGUUUGAGAUUGAGAAUGGCAGAUUUCUCUUCCUUUGGAUGAUGUUUCAUGCUGAAAAUACAGUAAGGCUCUUGGAGUGUCAGGACGAAAUCAGAAUUGGACCAUAUUCUAAAAGAAUGAAGUUAACAGAAGGAGCUUGUGAGAAAUUCCCUGAGGAUGAUAACAAAGGUACUCAGAAGAAAAUGGAUGUUGAGAGAAAAUCAAAUGGUUGGAUACCUACGUGUGCCUUAGAUAACCAAGGGCAACAUGAAAUGCAGAAGCAAAAGGAGAUACCUACUGGUGCCUUGGGAUCGUUGAAUGAAGUUCUCCCUGAAAAUAAUCCAGUGCUUAGUCAGCCAGUUGAUUUGGGAACUGUGCAGAAUAUAAAUCCUCCGUUUGCAUCAGUAAAUGACUCUAAAGUUGAAGAAGAGAGGGACCCUUCUAUUACAAAUAAUGCUGAUGAAGAUAAUAGUGAGAAAAGCAGUACAUCAUUCUUAGUAAAUAAAAAUGAAUCAGAUGAAGACUUUUUUACAAGCAAAGAUUUUAUAGGACCUAUUUACAAGCCUCCCAAAAGUAACGAACAGACCAAAUCUGGCAAUUGCAGUGAAUGGAACACUGGAGGAGAUGAGAAUGAACUACAUGAAAACAAAUGUAAAAGAAAGGAGGUGAAGAAGAUGCAGGCUGUUUCUGCCACUGUACCAGAAAUAGAUGAUGAACUGGAUCAGUUCUAUAAAGAAAUUCACCAGCUGGAAAAUGAAAAUUUAGAUACUAAUGUUCAGGAAAAAGAAACUGAAAUUUCUCAGGAGCAACACGCUCCAUUUAAGUCUAGUCAAAGUUCACAAGAGAAUUAUCAGCCUGUACUUUCAGUGAACCCACAGCUGUUUUACGAGAAUAGACAGUGUUGUUUGGGGGAACAGAACAGUCAGAAAACAAACAGUGAGCAGCAGUUAGUUGUGGAAACAGGUGGCUGGAAAACUGAAAAUACCUUUAAUGGCCAAGUAGAUACUUGGAACUGCUCAGUACCUGAAUUCAGACCUGCUUGGCAGACUAGAGCGUCUUUCAAAAAACCUCAGGGACAUUUUCCUCCUAGAUUAACCCAUCAAUCCCAUUUUCAGAUAUUUGAUCCCCCACCACGAAUCCCAAAUGUUCCCCCUUCUCAGAAUGCGGGACCUCCUUAUGAAAGUUACCAUCAUUACCGUGGAAAUACUGAUACCAACAGUCAUGGUCCAUUGCUUGAUCAAAAUACCAGCUAUUCUGGUCAUACUGACAUCCAUACUACUCAGGUCUUCAGGAAUGGGAAUAAUGAUCAGAUUGGACUCCAAAGUAGUGGUUUCUGUGAAACCAGAGAAGAGUGUUGGAAGGAUCCAAAACCUGACAGUACAGAAGGAAUGCACAGCUUUUCUUCAUUGCAGUUAUCUGAAGAAAGAUUCAGUUGUUCACAGAAAUUGCUUCUAAUCUUAAGAGGCCUACCAGGUUCAGGGAAAUCAACACUUUCUCGUGUUCUGCUUGGUCAGAGUUGUGAUGGCGUUGUGCUCAGCACCGAUGAUUAUUUUCGUCAGCAGUAUGGAUACACCUAUAAUGCUGCUCAGCUUGGUGAUGCCCAUGAGUGGAACCGAAAGAGAGCAAAGCAAGCAAUGGAGCAGGGAAAAUCUCCAGUUAUAAUAGACAACACUAAUACUCAGGCCUGGGAAAUGAAGCCAUAUGUGGAAGUGGCUCUAGAAAAAGGAUACAGAGUGGAAUUCCAUGAGCCAAAUACUUGGUGGAAGUUUGAUCCUGAAGAAUUAGAAAAGAGGAAUAAGCAUGGGGUCACUCGUGAGAAGAUUGCUCAGAUGUUGGAACGAUACGAAUAUCAAAUAUCCAUCCCUAUUGUCAUGAAUUCAGUGGUACCUCCCCACAAAAACACUCUGCAGAGAAGACCUAGGUGGGGAGACAAUAGGGAGAGGAUUUUAAGCAAGAACCCUGGAUACCUGUUAACAAAAGCAAGACAGAAGAAAAAGAGAAAAAGAAACAAAACAACGAAAAGUAAUCGUACAGAAGUUACAAAGAAAAUGUUAUGUGGAGUAGCUUAUCAUCCAGUUCCAGGUGACCAUGAUGGAUCAGAAAGCGAAGAGGAUGACUUGGAAGAAGAAAACAAAAAAUCAUUGUGUACAUUCAGCAAAGGCCCAGAGGAUCCAGUAACAGUUUGUGAAGGGCAGCCUAAGGGUGGUGAUGAAAGCCUAGAAGAAGCUGCAGUGGACUCAAGAGAGAGUUUACUGGUUGCUGUGCCUGAGGUCUCAUUGGUGUCAAAUAGUGCAUGGAAAAAUGAAUCACCUGUAGAAAGUGACAAUUUGCUUUUAAGAGACGUAAAAACUUUUUGUACUGAAAACCUAACCAAAAAUGCAUUAGAUGAUGAGGAAGCAAAGCAAAGGCACAAAGACAAUCUCUGCAGUUUCCUAGCAAUAAGCAAUGAUAAAAAUUCCAUCCAGGAAACAGAAGGCAUUUCUGAAGAUUAUGAUAUGUCAUUAAGCACAGAAAACAAACUGGGAUCGUGUCAAAUUACAUGUGAACCUGAUUUGGAAGCCAAGCUGGUAAGUUUAAACAGUGAAGAAAAAGAGAUCUCUGAGUGUUACAAUUCAGAUGUACUUGAUAAUAUGCCUGAUAACACAGAGGGCAAAUGUUCAUUAGAAGCAGAAGAAACUAAUUCCAACGCCUGGGCUUUUUUUUCAAUUAAUUUAUCUACCGAGGAGUUGCAAAUGGACUUCAAUACUCAAGUUUCUCUCUCUCCUUGCUCUGAGGAUAAAUUUGUAAGUGAAAAAGGAUCUCAAAAAGUGAGGAAACCUGAACAGACUCACAUGAACAGUUCAGCAGAGCUAAACUGCUCUCAGUCAAAUGAGGGAUUGGUAAAGGAAAACCAUCAUGAAACAGAAACAGAGGGAGUUGGCAAUGUAAUAAGUAAUGGUCUGUCUGCAUCUCCAACUGGUAAAGUGCACUUUGAUUCCCUAGUGGAAGCCAGGGCUACCUUCAUGCAGGGUUCAAGUGAAGUAAAUGUGCCAAUAAAUGAUGAUACACCAAUUACAUUGAAGAGGAAGAGAUACAGAAGAAUUGUCAACUUAGCACCAAAGUUUAACCAACCAAGACAAAUCUUUGGUCAUACAGAGGGCGGGAAGGAUGUCCCGACAGAAGAUAAUCCCCAAAAUAGUGUUUUGGAAGUGAGGCAAAAACACUUUCUAAGCAAGAACUGUGGAGAAUCACAUGAACAGGACCGUGCAUUGCAGGAAUAUUCCUUACCCACUCCAGAUGUGGAUGCUUUGUUAUAUAAUAUUUCUUACAUUCAUUCUGGACAAUGUUCUCCUAUAUCAGAAUUUGCCUCUAGGGUUUGUGUAGAUUCCAAAACAAAGGAGGAGCAAGCUACAGUUCUUCAGCCACAGCAGGUAGUUAAUAAAACAGAGGAUGAGGGUGAACACAUUUCUUCAGAGGUUACAAAUGGCCAACCAGAUAUUUUGUCUUCUGCUGAAAUUGUUUCUGAAUAUCUAGAAGAUUCUAAUACAUUGGCAAGCUGCAGUGAAAAUGCAAAUGGUGCUGAUGACUCUGAGCCAGCAAAGGCAUCACAACUUGAAGAUUAUCAAGAUGCAGAUACAAAAUGUAGUUUUCUGGGACUUCCCUUAUCUUUAGGAUUUGCCUUUCAACUUGUGCAGCUCUUUGGUUCUCCAGGUCUUCCACUGGAAUCCUUGUUGCCAGAUGAUUAUAUAGUUCCCCUUGACUGGAAAGUUUCAAAGAUGAUCUAUUUACUGUGGAAGACCUCUGUGGAGGAAAAACAGAAAACAAAUGGAUUGCAGAAUGGAGAUGGUUUGACUGAUGAUAUUAUUAGUCUUGAAGAUCUAAAUAAAAAUAACCAAGAGAAUCAAGACUCUUCUGAAACACUAUCAGACAUGGAGCUGUGUCAAGAUGUGAUAGAGGAGAACAUCAUAACCUGUACUGGCUGUCUGGAUGCUGCAUUUCAUCAGUCAUGACUGACUGUCUUAAAUUCUGCAUGAACAAACAGAAACUUCUCGCUUUGACUCCACCAUGGAAGGACUUCAGUUGGCCACCAAGGAUUUUAAAUAUGAGGGAUGACCUGGAAGAAAGAAACCCCUGUAGAUUUUUUGGUUUACAACUUUGGCCACCUCCCCCCAGCACUGCCUCCCGUCCAUGUAAUAAUGAUCAAAAUUGAGAUAACAUUGUGUAUGGCAAAAGGUCAUUUUCUGAAGUCAUUUGGGAUUUACACUUUCUCAGUACAUCCUCAAGUGUGGUAUAAAGAGAUUGAGAGUGGAGACCAGAGGCAUCUGUCACUAUGGACUGUGAGCUUCAGGCUGUGGUGUUUAAUUCACCUGUAUCAGCAUCCAGGAUAUUGCCACAGAAGCAGGCAGUGAUGCUCACCUGCAGGGAAUGGUGCUUCUUAAGUGUCUUAGCCUCCUUCUGUCUUCACCCUCAGUCAUAAUUGCACCAGUCCCUUUACAAUCUCAAAUGGUAAAAAUCUUCAUCCAUCAUUCCUGUUCACUCAUCCAGGGGUGCACAACUUCUCUCCUUUUCUCCUGAAAGCAGGCUUUAUGCUUCCCUUCACCUAGACUCAUUUGGGAAUUUGGGGGAAUUUGGGACUAUAGAAACAAGAAUAUUUCACUACAGAACUGAUUCAAAAGUGCUAGAGGAAGGGUGUGUAUGGUUUGUGGUAGACUGAGUAGAUGUAUAACUAGCACUGGUAACCAGUGAUUUGAUGUUUCUACCAGUGGUGUUGGAAAUAUUUUUGUAUGUAGAGAUAGACACAUUAUAAAAAGCAAUUAUGAGUUGUGCAAAAGACCUCAUAGGGAGUUGGAGUGACAGGAAAGACAACUGUCACCUCACUUAACAAUAAAAAUGUGAGAAAAGAUUGAAGAGAAGCAGGAAAUUUGGAUGUGUCUACUUGUCAAAAAUAAUAUUUUCCACUUGUGCAGUUUGCAGAUCCAGAAUAUUUCUCCAUUUAUUCUUUCAUCUCCUCUUCCUCACCUUUCCCUGCAUGUGUGUAUACAUCAGCUGAAGAGCCAGGAUUUGACUGAACUCAUGCUGAAGCUCCACCAUGGUCGAAUUUGCUGAUGUGUCUCCACUUAAAUACUGCACCUACAUGAAAGGAGUUAAC